UACACUGAUUAAAGUUUAACCAAUUGUUUAUUCUUGUCUAAGACAGGUUAACCGAUCCCUGAUUGCCGCCGUUAAAUCUCCAGUUACCUCAGAGCACAGACUAAACUAGAACAAACUUUUAGAGGUAACAGGUAACGAAGCAAGAAGAAAUGUUAUGGCUAUAAAAAAUAUAUUUUUAGUUUAUUUUUAGAGACAACAUUUUUUUUGACAAUUUCUUUAAGUCCUUUAACCUCUGGCUGUCUCCAGGACGAGGGAAACAACGGUUCAGACAACGUUUAACUAUUUUCUGUCGUUUAAGUGUUUUCUCUAUUCUGUAUACAGAUUUAUUUUUGGGCUUGUCAGCACCUCCUCGUGGUUUACUUUAUAAUGUCUCAUCCACAGCUUCCUCCGACAAAAACGGUGACUGUGUUCAGGAACGGAGAUGCUUUUUACCCCGGCCGAAGGUUUAUCAUAAACCAGCGCCAGUCGGUGACUUUUGACACUUUUCUGAACACUGUCACUCGAGAUAUCACGGCACCAUUUGGGGCAGUGCGAAACAUUUACACCCCUAAUGGUCACAGGGUGGUGAGUCUGCAGCAGCUGAUGCACGGACAGAUGUAUGUGGCCGCCGGAGGAGAGAGACUGAAAAAAAUGGACUAUAAUAACAUAACACAGAAACCAGCAAAAAAGAAAAGUGAAUCGAUUCAACCUGUAGUUCACAGCAGAAUAAUUGUCCCAGCUCGAUGGAAGAGAAUCAGUAAUGAGUCGUGCACCAUCAAUGUUUUUAUCAAUGGAGAUAUCUUGGUUCCUCCAGCACGAAUUUUAAUUCCAAAACACACGCUUGCUAGCUGGGAAAAUGUAUUGGCCAUGGUGACCGAGAAGGUUUCCCUUCGCACUGGAGCUGUGCACAGAUUGUGCAUGCUGAAUGGAAGGCCUUUACGUGGAGCGUACGAGCUGCAGAACAACCACAGUUAUGUUGCUGUGGGGGCAGAGAAGUUCAGGUCUUUGCCAUAUCAUCUGGCACCAAGCAAAGGAGCAAUUCACAGCUUCACUGUGAUCAACAAUGACAUUCUUCCAUCUCAAAGAAAAGAAAAACAACACCGAAAUCUGUUCGCAAAACCAGGAGUGGACGGCGAUGGCUCCAUUUUCUAUGCCAAACAGUCCGGGCAGGGCUCGAAAAUCCCAGAUCUCUUCGCUACGGAGGAAAGAAGUGUCUUCAGAGCCACCAACAAAAGGAAGGAGGCAGUAGUAGCAUCUGAAGUCCCGGAAGAUGAAAAUAUAAAGGUGGAUCUUCCAUUAGAACAGAUGGAAGUGGAAGAAGUCGAGGAGGAACAAAACUCCUAUACAGACGUCCAACUAGAAGACAGUGGUGAUAGCCCUGCCAAAAAUGUUCAAAACUAUCCAAAUUUAUCUCCUUCCAGGAUCAAUAAGGUCAAAGAGAAUUUAGCUUGCACUCUAAAAAUGCCUUCUCUGCAUACAAUCUGAAUGUCAACUGUUUACUGACCAGCGACAGUAGGGUGUGCUGAAAUUGUUUUGUUGGCUUGUUUAGAUGUAUUUGGUCUGUAUUGCAUAUUACAGUCAAGCCACAGAAGUUUUCAGAGGUCUCAGUCUACUUGUUUGGUUCACACCAAGGAUCAGAUUGGAACGUUCAUACUUAAUGGGCCAUAUUAACAGAGCUGUUGUACGAAAGCUACUUUGAACUGUAUGUUAUGUAACUUUACUGGCCACUUUAUUUGGUACACCAGUCCAACUGCUCGUUAAUGCAAAUUUUUUAAUCAG